GAACAAUACUACUUUGCGACCGAAGAAAGCUCUCUAUUUCACUUCCGGUUUUCCCAUUUCUGCUGGAGCCCUGCGCCGGUCUUCGCCACCACCACGCCACUAUCGGGAACACAGCCUCAACCCCUCGUAAUCUGCAGCCGCAUCACGUGGGAUAAAGCUGGAUUCCCCGCUAGAACACAGCCGACCUUCCAUCUCUUUCGACCACCGCUGCAUUUUCAUCUAAUGACAUACCAUAGCUUUAUAUGGCAUUGACCGUAUUCGAGCUAGAGGUCGCGAAAUGUCUGUUUAAAGGAGGCCCCGGCUACUCCGAAUUAAAAGACUCAGUAGUCGGGGAUAGUAUCUUGGAGAUGGAGAAGAGGAACUUCGUAUUUUUUACGGAAUAUGGCCUGGACUUUUGUAAAUAGUACGUCCUUAAUUCGAGAAUUAUACCCAUUAUAUAAUCCUUUUUCGACGGCGAAAUUUGCGUUCUAGUAUACUAGUUAAAAUACAUAGCGUACCCGGGCCAUAUCUCGUUCUUUAGGAGCGGUAGACCUGAGGCCGGCCGGCAGGCUUUAUUAGUCUUUCUAAUAGCUAAGGGAUCGCG